UUUUGAUACGGUUCUUUUAGGUUCCUAUUUCUUUACUGUGACGAUGGGCGAGGAAAACGACACAGUGCACACUAUUGUAAAAAACACAGAGAAACUUCGAGAAGAAAAAAGUUUGUUAGAUUUCAUCGUCAUAGUUGAGGACGUUGAGUUGCCAUGUCACCGUGUUAUUCUGGCAGCGUCGUCACAUUUCUUCAGGGCUCUUUUAACUUCUAACAUGAAGGAGGCUCAGGAAGGUCAUGUGACUUUGCAUGAGGUUUCAUUGAAUAUAUUCAAGCUUAUUUUAAAGUCGCUGUACACGGGAAAGAUAAGGUUAACGUUGGAGAAUUUUGUCGACAUUUGGCAGGCAGCUGAUCAACUACAGAUAGACUUUGUUGUUGGACAUUGUGAAGAGUUUGCUAAAACUUUAACUUGUGUUGAGAUUUAUGGAAUAAUGCAGUACAUAGCAAACAUCUUAAAUUCUGAAAACAUUUUAAGUUUUUUAGAAAGCUUUUUAUUACUAAACUUUGAUAACAUUAGUGAGGUAAAUGCUAAACCUAUAAUGGAGCUUGGGUUUGACGAUUUCAAUAAAUUGAUUGAAUCUCGUCAACUCAAUGUAAGAAAUGAAGACUGGGUUAUCAGACUAGUGCUAAAGUGGGUUGAAUAUACACCAGUGGGAGACGACAGUGACGAUGACGACGAUGAAUGUGCCGACUUAGAAGAGGAUGUUACACAGGGAAGUAGUUCAGAUGUUAAUGUAGAUAACAGAAACAAUAUUCUAAGUAAAAGAAUCCGAAGGCUUGCGCGAUUAUUAAGAUCUGUGCGGACGUGUCUUGUAAGUACACCACUUCUAAAAGAUCUGCUAAAACAUCGAUUAAUAAUCAACAACAUUGAAGCUAGAGAUGUUUUGAUUGAUGCUGUAUUGUAUAAGACAACACAUUAUAACCACGGACAAUGGCGAACAAGUGCCAUACAUCGAGCCUCCAGUGAAUGGGAACACUGCGGGAUUCUGUAUGUUAUGGGGGUUGGGUUUGUUCUAUUAAGUGUAUUUGAUAAAAAGAAUUACACCUGUGUGAAUUGUAGUGAAUGUCUUCUCGACGUAACUUUGGUUGUUUUUGACUCAUAUCUAUUCACGGCUGGAGUGAAAGAUGUAGCUGAGGAAACAAGCAGUUUGUGUGUUUUAAGUGGCAACUCUUGGAAAAAAAUAACUGAAAUCCCAGCUCGUCAAUUAAUCUUAGUACCAUAUGAUGAGUACAUUUUUAUUUUAAGCCGAGCUAAACCAGAAAUCUAUCAGGUAUUUCCUAAAUGCGGGAACCCAAAUGUUAAAGAAUUUACAAAGCUACCAGAUACAAUGAAAGUACAAUUGGCUGUAAGUUACCAGACGAUGAUUCUGAUCUUCAGUGCUGUUACCGUCAAUGGCAAAGAAAAAACAGCAGUUCAUCAACUAGACAUUCUAACAAAGAAAUUAACAGAAUUAGAACAAUUGAAUGGACCAGCUGAUCAUCUGACAAAUUUUAAUGAUGAUAACAAUAUCUAUUUUUUACAAAAAACUGGACAUUUAUGGACUGUCAAAUGCAAUGCUGGUAAAGUUACAUUCAAAUUUUUGUGCAGAUUAUGGAACACAAUGUUCAUACUACACGGGGCAUAUACAACCAAGAACCAUCUGCAUAUUGCGUAUCCGCGAUUAAAAAAUAGACGACUAGACCAUGAAAUGGAGUUUUCGCCGCAGUUAAAGGGUUAUUUUAAGGACCUUUCACUUUGGAGUUUGAAUGAUAUCCCAUGUUCUAAUUGUAUUCCCGUUGUUCUACCUAAAAAUAUUUUAAAGCCACUUAUAGAACAAGAUGGCAAUUUAUUUAUCGGAUAGCUUCGGUUGUGAUCAUAUACAUAUUAUUGGCCAGAAGACCAAUUCUUUUGUAAAACAUACGGACAAUUAUCAAACUGAUAGACUUGGAGGAAAAUUAAUUUAAUUUUUUACUGAAACAGAAGAGACAUGUACUGAUGUAGUUUUUAUAAAUUGCUGUCAAUUUCAAAAGUGCAGAUAUGGUGACUAAAAGAGGAUAAAACAAAUGUACCUGUCUUAAUGGUCUAAAACGUUUCAACAUCAAGUGUCGUUUUUCACAUCACUGUGUUGUCUUAUUACAUUUUUUUAUUUACAAAAACAUAACGUGUAUGAAACAAACACAUUUUAUGAUCAAUUAUUUAAAACUUUAUAGCAUAACUUUUGAUACAUUUUACAUUUCAUUAUAUCGGCGAAUAAAACA